CGUUCGAGAAGGAAAAGGGAUGUUCCAGAUACAGAAAAUCGUCAAACCAUUUACUACAAAGUCCGUUUCUGGGUGGAGUUGGUGGAACCGAAAAAGAUGUCUCCCUCACAGCGUUUGUGACACAAGAAUUGCAUCGUUCCUUGGCGGCCUUUCAACAGAAGAAUAUUCAGAGAUUUCCCGAGUGAUUCUGAUGUUGGUAACUGGAAAGCCUCCAUUGUUGGAGGACGAGAAGCCGUAUCCAAUUGAAGCAGCACAGGCUUCUGCGAUGACUGUGGAAACCACUGCUUAUGCCUUGCUUCAAGCAUUGUCAAGGAAUGAUAUUGACUAUGCAACACCGAUUGCGAGGUGGCCAACGAUGCAACAGAACUAUGGUGGUGGAUUUCACUCGACGCAGGUAAAUGCUUGAGAUCACAACAACAGGCAUUCAGAUAUUUCCAUUGAUCAUGUUACUAACUGGUGGUUGUUGCAGUUUGCAAUCAAACUGGACACUGCAUUUUCAUCUGCAGGU